AUGCUGGGGCGCCUGGCUUGGCAGUUGUGGACCGAGGGCGCCUCAAGGUCUUGCUUUCACGAUUACUAUGCUCGAUUGCUCACGUUCUCUACAGUCGUCAGGACGGUCAUUCUUGGGAAAGACGGCACUCAACAAUCUGUUCACAAGCGCAAACAAUCCAUCAGGCUUGCCAUGUCACGGAGAAGCUACCAGUUAUUUUGUGUAGCAGUUGUCGGGAUAGUUUACCCGAUGUUUCUCUUCUCCGCAGAUGACCGCCCGCAUAUCGUUCCCAGGCGCUUGCAUUAUGCGUUCUCUGGGGUGGUAGUUGUGUCAGUCAAUGUGUGUCCUAGCUUGUUGACCCCAUCACAACUUCAUUUGUGGUAUUGCCUUCUGUUACUCUCACAUGCAAUUUCUCUGUCACCGCUGUUGCAGUUCGCGGAAUCGAUCAGCCCCCUCAAAUCUCAUGUAUUGUGUGAUUGCUUAAUGUACUGCAUGAUUGACUUCAGCCUUCCAGCGAAUUUGUUUUGGACGACACUCUGCUAUCUUUCCGCUGCGUCCACAGCGUUUGCUGGCAAGUCCAAUGGCAUGCCGUGCCACGACCCUAAAACCACAAAUGACCUGUUUCUUGAUUGGAUACGUGUCGUUGUAUCUUUGGUAAUCUUGCACGUCGUGUUCUCAAUGGUGGUCAGUACCCUCUUAGAGGGUCAAGCAUGUCGGAGCGAGUUGCGCGCCGCAAAGUCGAUCUUAGCAGGCGUUUGUGACGCCGUGGUCGAGCUCGAUGCCAAGCUGAUGCUCGUGUGGCCUUCCGGAAAGCUCGCGGCUUUGUUAAUGCAUAGCGAGCCUCGAUCUUUGGCGGGAAUGAGUAUAUCGUCCUUUCUUGCCACAAAGGCCGAUCGCGAAACAUUUGCCAAACAGGUAACCUCCAGUACUGCGUAUGAUGAUUUCUGCACGGCUUUUCACGUCAAAUUGCGGGACACUUGUGGCAUCUCUGUGUCGGUGGAAGUUUUCUGCGUGCGCUGCAGUAGUGGUGAUAAAAAGAAGUCGUACCUGGUCGGCUUUUAA